GGUUUGGUGAAGUUAGUUAAUAAAAGAGUUGGGUUUCUUCGUAAGCAUCGAAAUCAGAUUCCUUUACCAAAAAAAAAGACAUAUCACUCUCUCUCCUUCCUACUUCCUCGGUUUCAUCGUCCACUGCAUUUCAUCUGUCUCAACAAUGGCGUCAUUGUCGGUACCUUGCGCCAAGAUCUGUGCCCUGAACAGGCGGGUCGGAUCUCUUCCUGGAAUCUCGACUCAACGAUUGCAGCCGCAACCCAAUGGCAUCUCCUUUCCCUCCCAUGUUUCUCAGAAUCAGUCUACAUUCUGGAGGUUGCGUGCAACAACCAAUGAGGUUGUUUCUAACUCUACUCCAAUGACUAAUGGUGGGUAUAUGAACGGAAAAGUGAAAACCAAUGAUCCCGAACCCGCCGAGCUCUCUGAAUUUAUGACUAAAGUCUCAGGUCUUCUUAAGCUUGUGGAUUCCAAAGACAUAGUGGAACUUGAACUGAAGCAACUCGACUGUGAGAUCGUUAUUCGAAAGAAGGAAGCUUUACAGCAAGCUGUACCACCAGCUCCAGUUUAUCACUCGAUGCCUCCUCCAAUGACAGACCUUUCAAUGCCUCCAGCUCAACCAGUGGCUCCUCCUCCUUCUCCGACUCCUUCCUCAACCCCUGCAACAGCAAAACCAACAACCGCCCCAUCCUCAUCUCAUCCUCCACUCAAGAGUCCUAUGGCUGGUACUUUCUACAGAUCUCCUGGACCUGGUGAACCACCUUUUGUCAAGGUUGGAGACAAGGUGCAGAAAGGUCAAGUUGUUUGCAUUAUCGAAGCUAUGAAACUGAUGAACGAGAUUGAGGCUGAGAAGUCAGGAACCAUCACUGAAUUACUGGCUGAAGAUGGAAAACCAGUUAGCAUUGACACGCCUCUGUUUGUCAUCCUACCUUAAAUCGAAGAAGUAUCCUUUUAGCUGUUUUUAAACAUCUUCAAAGUCUCGGUUUAGCUAUACCGACGUGCUGAAAAUCAUCACGUAAAUUGUUCAGCUCAGGUUGGUUUGGUACUUUGGUUUGGUUUCGGGUUUCUACUCUUCCUUCACUAGCUGACAUUUUAUAUUUUUGGGAUUUCACGUAUCGGUAUUAUGCAUGUCUUUUUAGAAUAAAUUUGACAAAACGUCAUAGUUUGGUGUAUCAACUAUGUUUAGAUCAAGAAAUGUGGUUUCUUUUCUUAAUAUAUAUCAACAAAUGUGUUGUUCGGAUAA